CGGAGGAGCAAGGAGCGUGGCUGGCGAAGCAUCUGAUAAUCUGUGGAGUGAUUUGUUUCAAAGCCAAGCCCCGGUGCUGCCGUCAUAGGCUCUUGGCCUAGCAACCACAUGUUUCGGGUGUCUGGGGACGCUUGGCGAUUGUCAAGAGGUGUGUGUACUAUGUGUGUGUGUUGCGCCGAGAGGAUCAUCCUCGCCUUACCGCUCCCGGAUGCCCGAGGAGAAAAAGCAAUGCGAACAUCUUCUGUCGUGCCAGCUCAGCACGACCACACGACCAACAACGCCCGUUGGGAAAUGCUCUUCCGAAAGAAGCUCCGUCGAGAGAGGGAUGAUCGCGGAGACUUGGAGAUGUUUGAAACGCUCCCCGCGUGCCGGGAUCGUGUUGCAGUCAUUGGUGCUUAUCUUUGGGCAUGAAAAAACCUUUUGGUGCUGCGUUAAGAUGUGCUGCUAUUCGACGGUCGACAGGGAAGACUGGGUAUGCGAUCUCCGCAUGGCCGUGCCCAACGUUCACGCUGGCCUUUGCUCCGCCAUGUUGCGCAGAUUGCUCGGGGAAUGGCAAAGUGAGGCUUUCGGUGCCGUCAUAUGCACAUGCGCGGCAUGGGCGCGUUCGUUGGUGCGUCCGGUAUUCUGGUCCUUCUCGAGCUAUCUUGGAUUACUCGUUUGGGAUACUCGCUGAUUGCUCUAGCUGAAGAAUGCUGAGGAUUGCGAGAGUAGGUAAGUCUUUCUCAUUUGGUUGAACUUCAAAUUCCGUUUUUCAUGAAUCCAUCUUUCUUCCCCUGAAGAGUCUUCCUUUCUUUUCUCUUACUUCUGGACUGGA